UUGCAAAUGUCCAGCUUUAGCUUGGAAAAAAUGGCCUCAUCGUAGUGGAAUACUAGUAUGUCGUCUGUAGGUAAACUUAACGUUCAGGAAGUCAGCAGACCCGAUAAUGUAAGCGCUUUGCAUGAUACAUUUGUCCGUUACAGAAUAGCUUUGGAGCAUUACUUUCCCGAGCAGCUCGGUUGCUAGUUAAGUGGCGAUAACGUUAGACGAGGACAGCGGCAAGCGAUGACGGUUAGGAGAACCAGUCGACAUCCUGGGACAUGCCCGGUCUUACUCGCCAUCUUUCUGCUAAUUUUGUGUGUGCAGUCGGUUAAAACAGCCUCUGACUAUGACCCUUAUAAAAUCCUGGGGGUCAGCAGGAGUGCCAGUCAAGCAGAAAUUAAAAGGGCGUACAAGAACCUUGCCAGAGAAUGGCAUCCAGACAAGAAUAAGGACCCUAAAGCUGAGGAUAUGUUCAUCAAGAUCUCCAAGUCAUAUGAGAUUUUGUCUAAUGAGGAGCGAAGGUCCAACUUUGACCGCUAUGGGCAGAUGGAUGAAAACCAGCCCUUUGGCCAGUCACAGCAUCACGGUUUCCGCAGCUUCCACAACAGCUUCUACUUUGAUGAGUCUUUUUUCCAUUUCCCCAGGUCCAGGGACUUUGCAGACAGCAAGUACCUGCUUCACCACGCACAGUUUAACAGCGACGUCCUUCCAGACAGCCACAAGAGGCCAUACCUAAUCAAAGUGACCUCUGAGUGGUGCUUUGCAUGUAUACACAUUGAGCCUGUGUGGAAGGAGACGGUGCAGGAGCUGGAGCCGCUGGGUGUGGGCAUUGGCGUUGUGGACCUGGGUUAUGAGCGUCGACUGGCAAACCAGCUGGGAGCACACCGUGCUCCCUCCAUCAUUGCGCUGGUGAACGGCAGGGUGACUUUCUUUCAUCAGGCUGUGGUACGGGAACACCUGCGACAGUUCAUUGAAGACCUGCUGCCCCACAAACUGGUUGAAAAGAUCACAGAUAACAACUACCUGACUUUUCUGGAUAACUGGCAUGUGGAGAAUAAGCCCACUGUUCUCUUGUUUGACCAAGUCCCCGUCGUUCCCCUGCUCUACAAAUUAACAGCGUUCGCCUUCAGAGACUAUGUGCGUUUCGGCUUUGUGGACCAGGGUGACACGCACUGCACUCGGCUCCUGCGGCAGUUCAACAUAAACACAUACGCCCCCACCAUGCUGCUGUUUAAGGAGGACACAGAGAAGCCUGUUGACAUCAUCCAGGCCAGAGGGAUGAAGCGACAGAUCAUGGAUGAGUUUGUUUCCAACAACAAGUUCCUGCAGGUGCCACGGCUCGUCAACCAGCAGCUUUUUGAUGAGCUGUGUCCUGUCAAGCAGUUCCACCGACGGAGGAAGUACUGUGUGCUGCUGAUCACAGGGGAGGACCAAGCCUUUGUUCCAGGCAAUAAGGCUUUCCUGGACUUUGCCACAGCUAACAGAAAAGAGGUGCUGCGCUUUGCAUACGUUUAUCAGCGUCACCAGCAGCCUCUCUGUCAGGCACUGCUCCACAAUCAGGCUUCACUCUCACCUCAGGUGGUGAUACUUGAGAGGCGGAGCCAGGCUGGUAAGGUCCUGUACCGCUCUGUAAGUGGUGGCUGGAACGGCAGCGAAGAAGACAAGUACCGCCUCCACGAACAGCUGGAGCUCCUCCAAAAGGACCCCACCUACCUGACCUCAGACGCCACUCUGCCAGAACUCAACAACGAGAUGGCCCCCAUUUUUAUUAUUCAAUGGAUGAAUGCUGCCUAUGAUUACAUCGUUCAAAUAUACGAUGACCUUCUCUACUCCAACUGGCGAGAGAUGAUGCCCAUCCUGUCCUUGAUCUUCUCGGCCCUCUUCAUUCUUUUUGGCACCGUCAUCAUCCAGGCCUUCAGUGAGCCAGGGGAGAACAAACCCCGGAAACCAAAACCUAGGGAACAACCACAAACUGAGAAUGAUGCAUCAAGUAGAGCAAACACCUCGAGCCGUCCCCCUAAGAAGGACUUUGUGGAAGUGACAGAGCUGACAGACAUCACAUACACCAGUAACCUGGUUAAACUGAUGCCUGGCCAUAUCAAUGUUGUACUGGUGCUCACCAAUGCCUCCAAGAAUGCUUUGCUCAGGAAAUUUGCCAAGGAGGUUUUCUCUUUCUCCGGGACUCAGACCCUCCACUUCUCCUUCCUCAAUGUUGAUAAGCACCGUCACUGGAUGCCAUCACUGCUUCGCUCAGCCUCUGACGCUGCCGAGAACGAGGCCCACUCUGAUGAAGAUGAGGAGCCUUCAGACUACGCAGGACACGUCUUGGCUCUCAAUGGCUACAAGAAAUACUUUUGCCUCUUUAGACCCGUCUUCACGGGGGAUGAUCCCAGCGACUCCUCAUCUGAGACCUCAUUCUCCUCUGACAGCAGGAGAAAGUCCCGCUCCAGGUCUAGGUCCAGCUCCCACUCUCGAUCCCGGUCCCAUUCCAGGGAGGACGGGGCUGGCCCCAAGAGAGGCUCCAGUAGGGCCACCAGCAUAGAAGUCCAUCAUAAGCUUGACAGGCUGGGACUAUGGAUGGAAAGGCUAAUGGAGGGCACCCUGCCCAGAUUACAGGUCCCUGCCUGGCCAUCUCUUGAUGAGACCACUAACACCUCCCCCUCUGACAGCUGAAGUCAAAGUAAGAUCGGUACGAAUUGUAGCAAUUACACUUUAUGGUCUUGCCUCCUGAUUAAAGUCUUUAGUAAGAAAACUGCAGAGUGUUGCAGAUUUCAAAUUAUGAAUUAAGUUCUUUGCAGAGUUAAGUUGCUGCACUGCACUGUUGCAACCAGUUUACACAAUGUCUUGUUUCAUCUGUUAUAGUGUGGAGCUUAUGGAAACCAAUGGCCUAGAGUAGUGUGCAACAGCAAACCUUUAAACUGCACCUGUGUGCAUCUUAAAGACAUUAGAGUAACGCAUGUCGAGGCAAAGGCAAACUCUGGGCUGUAUGACACCACUUCAAGUCUUCUGUACAGAGACAGCAGGAGAAAAUCUACAACAAAAUAGAUGAAAAAUGUCAACAUGUCUGAAAUGAGUCUGAACAGUUGCACAUAGACAUAACAAGUAGCUCUCUCUCUCUCUCUCUCUCACACACACACACAGGUGGUGUAUGUUGUUAGCUACAGUUGUUAUUUUCUUCUUCUCUAUUCUUGUCUCUUUACAUGUAUGAGGUGAAGUCACACAGCACGGGAUAAGUGCAAUUUUUUUGCUUAAGUACUUUGAUCCAUCCAGAGCCUUUAAAAUGUCCUUCAAGCCUGAUCACACCUUUUUACUACAGCCCCCUGUCAUGAGUUUGACCUCUGGCAUUAUGUCCCUGUGAUGGAGAAUCCUGCUGUACAUGAUCACAUCUCCACAUAGAAGCAGGUUAAUCAGAAUAAAGGCUUGCAAACUGGGCCUGCUGCGCUAAACUUAUAGAUAAAUCAUUUUUU